AUCUUACUGAGGAUUCACUAGUUCGCCGUUGGGUUCCAAAACGGGACAACCAGGGUUUAGGGCUCUGUGCCACCCUGCCCUGAGCCCUAGCGUCUCCCGGCCGCAGCUGACGCGUAGGGAGAUCGCCAUGAGCUUCGACGUCCCUUGUCAGGACGACCUCCAUGUUGUCCAAAGUUGCUGGAUUUCAUGUAAUUCACGGAUUCUCGAGGUCGUCUAGUAUCCGGAUCUAGCCAACAGGGAGCAACGUUGGGGAGCGCCCCAUCAGCCAUGCAUGGGCCGUCCGACCUGCAACCGUAAACCGUGACCAUGUACCAUCUCGCAAAGUCUCUCUAUCUAUACGCCACCAGCAAAGAAGAGUAUUCCGUCCUGCUACUGGGUCUUGACAACGCCGGUAAGACAACUCUUCUAUCCCAGAUCAAAGCGCUAUACCUGCCUCGCACCGAAGGAGCACCUGCGCCCGACCCAGGGAAAACUGUCCCGACCGUUGGACAAAAUGUCGCGACCAUCCCGAUGCCGGAUAUGUACCUCAAGAUCUGGGAUGUCGGUGGACAGAUUUCCAUGAGAGGACUGUGGCAGAGCUAUUACUCCAGCUGCCAUGCGAUUAUCUUCGUGGUAGACAGUGCAGAUGUCGGCCAGGAUCCCGAUAUCACCCGUCUCCCGAAUAAAGGCCGUCGGCCCAGCACCGCAUCUGGGUCAUCGGCAGCAGAGAGCGCACCGACAUUCGCAGAGCAGAUGGCAGGCAUCGGUGCUGCUGGGGAUAGUUUCGGUCGCCUAGAUGAAUGUCGCCAGGUUCUCGAGUCGGUGCUAGCACACUCCGAUGUGGCAGGGGUACCGAUCCUGGUGCUGGCAAACAAACAGGACCGUGAGGACUGUGUCGAGGUUGUUCGCAUCAAGGAGGGUUUUGUCCGGAAGGUCUUUGAGGGAGAGAAGGGGGGUGGUGUUCGCGAUAGCCGUGUCCUACCAAUCAGUGCCCUUUUGGGUACCGGCGUACAGGAAGCGGUCGAAUGGGUGCGAAGUCGCGUGAAAUGGAACAAGGAAGGCCGUCCCCCGCUGAUGAGAUAAGGGACUUAGAUGUGACACGUCUACGAGG